AUGAUCCUCUCAACUGCCCGGGUCCUGCCGAGGGUCCUUGCGCGAUCUGCCCUCCGCAGCUCAGCACCGACGAGGGCAAUUCCAGUAGCAGCAAUUGCUCUGACUCGCAGCCCGGCUCGAUUUCUUUCGAUUUCGUCCCCGCUUCGAACCCCACCAACCUCGGCAGCAGCUGCUUCUGCCUCGCCAGCCCGCACAACGACACAGCACGCCGAUGCGCCGGCUUGGCUCCACGACAAGGUCAGCACGGCGUCGCUCUGGCUGCGCGACUCGUGCCGCUGCGAGAUCUGCGUGAGCCCGUCGUCGGGUCAAAAGUCGUUCGCGACACCGGACAUCCCCCAGGAUAUCCGGCCGCGCAGCGUGCGCGUGUCGCCUGAUUUUGAGCUGGUGGUCGAGUGGGAGAAUGAUAUCCCCGACGCCGCGGUGCAGGGUCACGUUUCGGUGUAUUCGCCGGAAUAUCUCGAGUCGCUCAAGUUUAGGAAGGAAUUGGGCCCCGGGGAGGCCAACGACUUUAACGUCGUGGAUAGGACGGUGGCGUAUAAGCCGUGGAACAAGGAACUCAUCUCGCAGCAUCUGCGAUGGAUCGAUUACAACGACUGGAUAAAUUCCGAGGACGCCAUGUGGCAGGGCCUCUUCGAUCUCGAGGCUUUCGGUCUUCUUUUCAUCAAGAACGUGCCCAAGGAGGAGACCUCGGUUUCGGAGAUCGGGCUCCGGAUCGCGAAUCUCCAGGAGACGCUCUACGGAAGGACGUGGAACGUCGUCUCGAAGCCCGACGCCGAGAACGUCGCCUACACGAACUCGUACCUCGGCCUUCACGAAGAUAUGCUCUACGUCCAGCAGCCACCGCGCAUCCAGCUGCUGCACUGCCUCGAAAACUCCUGCGAGGGCGGUGAGUCCAUCUUCAGCGACGGCAACAACGCCGCCCUGACGAUGAUCAACGACCCCGCCCAGGCGAAGAGCGUGGACGUGCUGAGCAACUACCUCGUGCGAUACCACUACCAGAAGCACCCUUUCUCUUACCGCCACGCUCGUCCCGUUUUCAACAUCCAGACCGACGACAAGGGUAACAGCGAGCUCGCCAACAUCUGGUGGUCGCCUCCCUUCCAGGCGCCGAAUCCCCCUUACGGCCGCGACAUCGAUAACGUGGAGUACCGCACCUGGCACGCCGCGAUGCAGACGUUCGAGGGCCUGCUGAACGCCGAGUCCAACGUCUACGAGUAUAAGAUGUCGCCCGGCGAGUGCGUCCUCUUCGAUAACAGGCGAGUGCUGCACGGCCGAAAGGCUUUCAACACGGGCUCCGGGUACAGGUGGCUUAGGGGAACCUACGUUGCCGACGAGGAUUUCAGGGCCAAGAUGAGGAGCGCCGAGGAGUCUAGGGUGGAGGCGUAUAAGAAGGAAAAGGGCCUGCAGGGCGCGGCGUCGAAGCUGAAGAAUGCCGACGAGCUGAUGGCGGGUUAUGGGUCUUUGUUGAGUUGGCUGCGCACUCCCAAGAAGGAGCUUCCACAGGAGGCGCUGGAGGGAAAGUUGGAAAACAUCAUCCCCACAUCCCACAUUGCGGGCGAACAAUCCAAGAAUCACCUCCAUCUGCUUCAGAUCGAAGAAAACGACCGUCUUGAAACGAUGUCCGCCGUCACCCUCGGCCAAGCCGGCCUCGACGCCGUCGAAAAGCGAGACUGGACGACUGCCAUCCAGAAACUCACCCUCGCAAUCGAGUCCUCCCCCUCGCCCAAGUGGCUCAUCGCCCGCUCGACGGCCCUCAAUGCCAUCGGCGACUUCGAGAACGCCCUCACGGACGCAGAGCUCGCCUACCACAUCGCCGCCGACCGCGGCAACCGCGCGCUCAUGACCGACGCGCAGUUCCGCCGCGGCGUCGCCCUUCUGCGCCAGGACAAAUACGCUGAUGCUGACGCUUGCUGGGCCCUCACCAUAGGAAUGACGAAGGGCGGCAAUCUUUCGGACGGCGAUGAGUUCCUCAAGCGUGUUGACGAGGAUGGAAAUUAUAAUGUUACCGUCGAAGAGGUGGAGGAGGACCUUAAGGAGGGCUUUGCUCCGAAGCCAGCGCCUGGGAGCAUGACGAUGGAGGCCUUGAAGGGGAAGGAUAGUGUGGCGAGUAAAUUGUGGCAUCGGUGCACUGCUAUGAGGAUUCGUUGCCUCAAGGAUAUGGCUAAGACUCCUGAGGACCAUCCCGGUCGCAAGAUUACUAUUUCGAGGGUCCCGCCUCGACCUGCUGGACCUGCGAGGCUUCAAGUUGCAGGUUCUAGCUCGACGGAGGCUAAGAAAGAUGCAGAAGCUUCCCUCGCCAAGGAGGCCGCUGCCGCGAAGACCGAUAAUUCGGCUGGCGCUGUUACACCGGCUCAUGUCUCGAAGCCCGCGCCCCUCAGGGUUGACGCCUACGAGACCGAUACCCACCAGACGGUCUCUAUCUUUGUCAAGAAAGUUGAUCCUGCCAGCUUCAAGAUUGAGUGGCCUCAGCCGAGUCUGAUUACCUUGAAGUUCAACCACGGCGACACUUCCGAAGUUCUCACCCUCAAGCUUGCCGGCGAUGCAAUGCCGGAUCAAACCACUUUCCGAGUCAUCUCUAUGAAGAUUGAACUCCGAAUCAAAAAGGUCACCCCCGGAAAAUGGACUGUUCCUAUGAUCCAGGAGUCCUCCAAUGACGCCGCCGAGCCCUCUGCCCCCAUCAAAACCGAUGCCGCGGGUCCCUCCGUGUCUGAUGAAGACAACAACACGCCCUCCGCCACAACCACCCAAGCUCCCCCCGAGCCCGCUAAAUCUACCCCCGCCGCUCCCAAGCCCUCAGGCCCCCCCGCGUACCCCUCUUCAUCCAAAACUGGCCCCAAGAACUGGGACACCAUCCUCCAGGACGACGAAGACGAGGAUGCCGAGGAGGGAAACAAGGACCCGGAUUUCUGGUUCAAACAGCUCUACGCGAACGCCACCCCCGAGCAGAAGCGCGCCAUGAUGAAGAGCUUUACCGAGAGUAACGGAACCGCCCUCAGCACCGAUUGGGCUGAUGUUUCUAAGGGCCCUGUUGAGACGAGGCCUCCUGAGGGAGUUGAGGCGAAGAAGUGGGGUGAGUAA